CCACCGUUUCAUUGAAUCACCCGUUAUUUCAAUUAAACUAAAUAAAAAUGGUUCUGCGUAGUCAAUGGAUAUCGAUCAAACAUGUAGUGAAAAUAUAUAGAAUUCAGAUAACUCCCCAUAUAGUAUUAGAAUAUGAGUACAGAAGACCAAUUUCAAAAUGUACUACACAGUGAGCAAAACACGUCACAAGACUUAUCAACGGAGAUGUGUAUUUCAGUUUUACAAGAAAUGGUUGACGCACUGUUAAUUUUAAAAUCGAUAGGACACUGGCCAGAUAUUGACAGUGAUAUCUUCGAGUAUGAUACACCUGAACAAAGAUUUAAAAAAGAAAUAUACCAACAGGGAAAUGUUUCAGAAAGUUUGUGUCCUCAAAAUUUUAGUUUCAUUACGAUAUUUGCUACUAAUCUAUUAGAAGAAUUAAAGCAUGAACGGAGCUAUUUGAAAUUUUCGAAUUCAGUUAGUACAAUACAAAAAAUGCAAUUGGAUGAAGAAUUGUUGUUGGGUGAAACUUCUAAAAAAGAAAUUAUUGUGAAAAAACUGCAAAUGUGUUUAGAUAGUGAAAGAGAUGUUUCAAUAGAUAAACUAGUAUCAUCUAUGGAAAGUAUUGGCAAAAUUAAAGAUCAAAUUGAAAACUUUUAUAUACAAAGUGAAAUUAAAAUCAAUUAUUUAAAAUCUUGGGAAAAUUCUAAAUUAGAAAUGCAAGAAAUCACAUUUUCCAAAUUAAUCGAAGAGAUAACCGAAGACAUUAAAACAACGGAGGCAAAUAUAAAUCAAGACAUUAGAGUACAUGAAGAGAUUGAAAUCGCCAUGAGUGAAAUUAUUCAGGGAUUUGAAGAGAGAGUUGAAGAAUGGAAAAACAAGUAUUAUGAAAAAUCAAAAGAAAUGAAUGAAAAAUUAGAUGUUCUUCAAACAAAACAAAAUAAGCAAUUGGAAAUUAUAGCGAACUACAAGGAAUUGUAUGCUAAGAGGCAACAGGAAAUAGAUGAUUACAAAAAACACAAAAUCGAACAAGAGAGAUUAAGAUUAGAAAAAGAAGAAAAGAACAAGAAAGCUACAACAAUCCAAGCUUGGUGGAGAGGUGUUAUGGUUAGGAAGGGUUUUGGAAAGUUCAGGAAGAAGAAAGAGAAAAAAGGCAAAAAGAAGAGCACCGAUAAGAAAGAAAAGAAAUGAAUAUUUCAUUUUGUAUACAAUAAUUUUUUUGUAAUGAUCUUAAAGUUCUUUUAUAAUAAAAAACAAUAAU